GCUAGGUUGGCUAAGGAUACACAGCCUUCCAUCUCUUGAGUUCUGAACGUUUACCAACCAGCUACGCAACAUGGAAACCUUCUUGAAAGACGGUUCAAGAAGGGUCUACAUUUAGACUGGUUUUAAAGGGACUCUACUACACCCACCUUGCUCCAGAAAAGAAUCAUCAAUAUGGGAAACAUUGCCUUUGGCGUAAUCCUUGCUGUGCUGGCUUCACUGAUUAUGCUAAUCAAUUGUGUUGUGGUCCUUGCACUGGUGCGGCUGAUCUGGAAGAACCAUUGCCCUAGCCUGUGCUUUGUUUUAAACCUCGCUAUCUCUGACUCCUUGGUGGGCUUCACCAUUACGGGUCUGGUUAAUGAAGAACUGUCUGGUCCUAAGCACCAGACACCCCAGCGAUACUGUGUCUUACAAAUGGCUUCCAUCACCUGCCCUUCCGCUGCCUCCAUCUUCACAGUGAUUCUGGUCACCUUUGACCGAUACCUGGCUAUUACGCAUCCUUUCCGCUACUUCAGAAUCAUGGCUAGCCCAGUGGUCGGGAUUUGUAUCGGAGGCCCCUGGCUGCUGGCCUGUUUGAUCGGCUUCGUACCUGUGAUGGUCCACAGUUUCCAGGAGAAGAACUACCAAGGUCUGUGCACCUUCUUCGCAGUAUUUCAGCCGACGUACAUCCUGGUGGUCUUCUGUGUCAGCUUCUUCCCAGUGUUCUUUAUCUUCCUCUGUUUCCACUGCCGCUUGCUCAAGGUUGCUUCUUUGCACAUCCAGCACAUCCGAGAACUGGAACCCGCCGGUCUGCCAGUUGCCUGCCCAGCCUCUCAGCCUGCCAAUGAUACCAAAGCACUGCGUACUGUGUCCAUCCUGGUUGGUUGUUUUGCCUUCUGCUGGUCCCCCUUCUUUGUGGUUAGCAUUGUCCAGAUUGCCUGCCAACGCUGUUACCUCCAUCGCCUGCUAGAGCACUACCUCUGGGUGUUGGGCGUGUGCAACUCUCUAGCAAAUCCCCUAAUCUAUGGAUAUUGGCAGAAGGAAGUUCGCCUGGAGAUCUGUCAGAUGUGUUUGUGCCUGAAGAACAAAAUCUUUCCUCUUUUUCACUUUGAUAGCCACCCUGAUGCUGCUGUCACCCAGGCUGGGGGACCACUCUAUAUCAUCUCACUAGCCCAGCUGAAGGACUGAUGUAGGUUUUUUUAAAAAAUGUCACUCCUGGUGAUAAACCACCACCUUCCAUAAGCAAACCAUUGGCUAGUGAAAAAUGUUGUGGGAUGCCGCUGCUAAGGAAGGAGAGCCUAUAUCCAAACUUUAUUAACUCUCGGUGCUUAAUUGCGCCAAUGAUGCCAAGAAAGUCUGGCGUACGCAAACAUAAGCUCUGAGAAAUUACCCGUUUCAGUUUUAUUGUUUUAUUCAGUCAGUUUUAUUGCCCUUUGAUUGUGUUUGCCCUUAACAAAAACAGACAUAUGGAGGAGUGAACGAUGCUGAAGAAACCCCGAAAGGAGGAAUAUUAACAAAUAUGUUGGAGCCCAUUAGGGAGAAUUGAGCUGAAAUGCCCAUCUGUGAUGCCGGAUCGCGCAUCGAGAGCAGUUGGUGUGUUGCCACAAAAACUUGACAAAGAAGAUGCCAGUCCAUCUGACCAGUGUGGGUGGAGGACUGUUGUUUGGGAAAACGUCCAAUGCCAGUUCCACCAACCACUUCAGAUGGAUCAAGGAAAUCAAGAGGAUCAUUCAGUUUUAUCCAUUUGCUAGCUUGUGACUGAUAUUGUGGAGGUCUUGGUUAUGCACAGAACUGUCACACACACGUUUUUGCUUGCUUAAGGGUUGAAGAAUCCAUCAAGGUUAAAUCCUGUUCUAUUUUCUUUCGUAAUAGUAAGAUCCCUCUCCCCAGGCACCUGCUGCGUGGCUGCUUUUAUUGUCCACUGUGUUGUCAUGCACCUGCUGUAGUUGAAUUGCAUCAUUUGGAUUCAUUUCCCUUUCCUAAGGACAUCUCUCUCGGUAUUGUGUCUUGGAUAGCCAUGUUCCUAAAAAGCUAUUUUUAUCUGCUAAAUGGUGGUGGGAGGUGUAAGGGGUUUUUUUUUUUGUAGGAGGGAACCCAUAUUGAUUGAUUGUAGCCAAAAAUCAGGCUUCAGGUCCGGUACCAUCUUUUCAUCUAAGAGAUUUUAUUAAAAGGCACAAGCUUUUAUGAGUUGCUAACAACCAGUCUCUCUCUGAUUUUUCACUCUUAUCGUGCGAGUUAUCCUGCAGUCAACCAGAAGCUACAAUUCACUGGAUGAAUCUUGAGGAUUACCCGGGUGAUCCUUUCUCUAGAGUUGAACUGGUUUGCAACGGUACCAAGUCAGGAUUCAAGGACAUUAACUUAACCCUGGCAGGUGUAUAAAUCACGUAGCUGGACAGGCAAUUCUUAUUUCUUCCUUUCAAAGAAAAGACCUGUUGUUUAAACAUGCAGGCGCCUGCCCUAGUUUCAGAAAAAUGUUGUAUUUGCAGAUAUAUACACAUACACGCACAUCACAGGAUUCGAUUCCAAUAAAUAGUUUUAAUAGGGUUAUAUGACACUGGAAGAAGGACUGCAGCAGCCCCCAUAUUUCUCCCUUUGGCAUUAGCCAAAGGGAGAGGGAUUGCCUGCUGCAAAAGCCACAUGUCAGUGAAAAGGAUUUCUGACUCAAACGCUCUUCAUGGAAGAUACAAACACAGACAUAAGUGCUCUCCCUCCACGUUCCACCGUCUUCCUUGGGGGAAAGCACAUGCACUGGGCACUGAAUACUGCAUUUGUGGACCCAUUCUCCCCCUCCCCUGAAGCCACCCUCCCAAUACUGGGCACUCAGCACCUGGAGGGUAAAACAAAGUCCAUGUAGACAAAAA